UUUUUUCUACCCACCCUCCACCACCAUGGCAUCGCCUCAAACUGUCGCGUCGCUACAAACCCGCUUUUCUGACGGCUGACGAACAGAAGAAGGUUGAUCUUCACAGCAUGGACGCGCACAUUAAAGAGGGACAACUCUUUGUGCAGCACCAAAAGUUUGGGAAGAAAUGGAAGAAAAACUGGUUUGUCCUCUACCCCGCCAGCCAAAAUGGCAUCGCUCGCCUUGAGUUCUUCGACUCGCACUCAGGCGGAACGGCGUCCAGCGGGGGUUCGGGAAGCAGCUCCAAUGAGAAGACCAGGAAGUUGGACAAGAAGAUCAUUCGCCUGUCGGAGUGCAUCUCCAUUUUGCCUGCUACGAUUGAGACCUGCCCCAAAGAUAACAUGGAGGCUUUCUAUGUGGAAACAAAUGACAAGACGCACGUGUUUGCAGCAGAAAAGAACACUGCGAGGGAGUGGAUGAACAUCAUGUGUGACAUUGCGUUUCAGCGGGGGAAUGGCAGCAGCCUGACAGAUAGUAAUGGAGGAGCCCAGGACCUGCAGAUGUCUGAAAACCUCAUCUACUACUCCCGGGAUGAGGUAAAUGAGUUCUGGGUCACUGUUCAACGUACCGAGGCGUCUGAACGUUGUGGGCUCGCAGGGAACUAUUGGCUGAAAGCAGAAAAUGAGGCAUUGAUUUUAAAGGAGCCGAAGACAAAAAGGAACGUCCAGGUGUGGCCCUACAAGCUGCUGAGAAGAUAUGGCAGGGACCGGGUCAUGUUUUCCUUUGAAGCGGGACGCCGGUGCGACUCAGGCCCUGGCAACUUUACCUUCGAAACAAAACAAGGCAAUGAGAUCUUCUCAUUGGUGGACCUCGCUAUCCAGUCGCAGAAGGCUCUAGCCGAGGAGCGCCGCCUCAGUUGCCCCCAGAACUUUGAAACCGACUGCCCUUUGUCACUCCAGUACAUACGGAGCGGCAUUUCUGGCUGCGGCCUGACAGCGGGAAGUGGGGACAGCAGUAGCUGUAGCAGUCGGGAAGCGGACGGUGACUCAGGCGGCAGCAAGCCGGGCUCGGCUGAUGGAGUACUUGGGAAGAGGGAGGGAGGAGAUGGAGCAGGAAGAGGGCAGGGAUGUGGAGGAGGGCACAAAGGGAGAAGCUUACCAGAACCCCCAGCUUCUAGAGGACCGGUGGGGAAAGUUGUGCCCCAACUUGAUGAACAGGCAAGCCUCUAUUCUGAGCCAGCAGAUUCAGUCCGUCUGCUUGUUCCCAGUUCUGAUAGCCUUUAUUCAGACCCAGUGGACACCAUCAAGGGUCAGAACCAAAUCUCACCACCUGUGCUCAUUCCACGCCUUCGACCUGUGGGAGACGACACCUCUGGAGGGGAUAAUCAGCAGACGGGAAACAACCACAAGAAGGUACCUGACCUUUAUUCACAUUUGUAUGACCAGAUUGGCAUGGACCUAAGCCAGAGGACAGGUGCACUGAAUCUGAAUGGGUCUGCUGGAGGAGGAAGAGGUGUGGGGAAGGCGGUGAUUAGUAACAAAAGACCCCCAGGUGGUCAGGGAGAAGGGGCUUCACCACCUCCUGGUCCUUCUGUCGACCACAUAUAUGAUGAACCAGAAGGCUGCGCCAAAGGAAGCAGCAGCACUCUCGUCAGCCUAGGGAUGUCUGUUUAUGACGAGGCCCGUUUGGAGCCUCAGCACCACAGGAGACAGAAAGAGAUGGGGGCUACAUCAGGACAGGAGACAACUUACAGCACUGCCUCCCACGGGAAGCCGUCAGAGCUGCAAAAACACUCUCCGAAGCUGCCAGGCCUAAGUCGCGGAACGAUGCAACCUCCGACACCAAAGUUUCCCAAGCCUGCCACCGCUCCCAAGCCCAACAAGGGCGCAUUCACUCGGAAGGAGCCGGUACCUCUUCCCACUGGGAAAUUGGGGGGUUCUGGUAGUAACAUCAACAACAACAACAACAUGUGGAGCUCUGGAGGAGGCGGGAAGGAGCUGUACAGCAGCGUGUCUAAACAGAAGCCUCCUCCGGCUAUUAUGUGGUGUAAUAGUAACCACCAGGAGCCGCUAAGGUCACCCGAUGUAAUUUAUGACAACUUGGGAGACAUUUGACGACUCAUGUCUAACGUGGACUAAAAACAAACCUUUACUCUCUUGCUUAAAAACAGAGAGAGGCUUCAGAGUUAACAAUGGCCGACUCUGUCAGGAUUUUCUUUGUUCCAUUCAUGGACUGCAACAAUUAUCUGAGAUGGUCAGUUGGUUCGGAGUGGAUUAGCUCACAACUAUGAGGAAACCACAUUAUGGGUGCAAUUAGAAAUGUGGUGUGCAGUGAUCGCUGGGCCACCCUGUGUGCCUGUCAUAGAGAAGGAGAUUGUUUGCAUGGGCAAAGCCAUAAUUGACAUACCAAGCCACAGUGCGGCCAGAGCCAGCCACUUCACUGUCACACAAACUCUCACACACAACCUGAAUGCAUUCUCCUUCACUUUAACAAGUUGAGGGAGAGGGAAAGGGGUUUGGUUCCUCUUUUCCUACAAACCCCUGCUAUGCUUAUAAAAAACAUUUUUGCACUGUUUCUCUUCUGUCAUUGAACUGUGUAAUGUGAAAUACCAAAUGUGAUGGUCGAGUUAUUGUUUGACAUGAAAAGAGGACGUUUGUGAGCAGGACUUCAACAAAAGGAGAUCUCUUUUUUUGCUGGACUCCCUCAAUGGAACGGGGGAUUUUUUUUUUUUUUAGGACAAAUUAUUCAAGUUUUAAAAACAUAAAAUGGGUCAGAACGUCUGUGCAUGUUUUGCUGAUUGUAUUUUCUUUCAUUCUUAGUUUAUAUCACAAAAUAUUAAAAUGAAUUACAAGCUGGGAAUCACUGGGAAAAGUUGAUUGGCCAGUUUUCUCAUAUUCCUCCCCACCUCAGGUUGUGCUAGCAAAGUAUAUGCUUCACCCCGUGACAUCACUGCCCAUAUAUGGUAUUUGUGAGUGUUUUCGACAUUGAGCGCACACACAAUAAAAAACGUGUUUGCUUCUUUUUGCCAAACUUAUCAGAAUUUUAAAGAAUGUGUUUUUUUUUUUUUAUGUGUUCUGGUUCAUCUGUGUUUGUUUUGUGGUGAAACAAUCUGCAGGAAAACAGGCGCCUCCUGCUUUUUGUGGUCAAAAACAUAGGAGCAGAAGUUCAAAUAUUAGUUUUUAUGUUAAGAGGAAUAAACAACAAAAUAACCAGCAAAGGGGAACUAAAAUAAAACUGCUACAUAUGUAGCACCGGGCAGUGUUUUUGAGAUGAGAUGAAAAGAUAAUGCAACAAAAAAUGUUUUAAAACAUGCUUAUCCUCGUCUAAACCCACGGAAAGAAAGAGGUGUACAGAAGAACCGUGCCUGCUGCAGAAAAGAAAAACUAAACAACGUUUUUUAAAUUAAAAAUGCACCUGGGAUCCUGCAAAGUUACAUAAAAUCACUGGCAAAGACAAACAAUAAAUUGGCCGUAGUUUUCAUAUUCUGACACUCUCUGCUGUCUAACGUCCUCUACAAAGCAUACGCUUCACCCCGUGACCUCACUGCUCAUGUAUGGAAAGGUUAGUAUUGAUGCAAUAAACAAUGGCAAUACUUUUUCUUGUGCAAACUCAUCUUAGAUAUGUAUAUUCAUUUUGUAUGUUCUUGUCCAUCUGUAGUUUAUUUUUUUGUGAUAAGGACAACAGUUUACUAAGAAAAUGCACCCUACACGACUUUCCUGGAAUAUAUAUCUAUAUAUAUAUAUAUAUAUAUAUAGAUACACAUAGAUUUUAUUAUUUUAAAACCAAAAAACUAACAAUUUUUCUUUUUGUAUUUAAAAAACAAUUCAAUAUCCGCUUGUUUUUCUAUGGUGAGAUAAUCCAAUCAGCAACGCAUGCAUGGACCCAGAGUAACUUUCUGCACAAGAAUGUAUCUGUUGGUAGAUUAACUUAAUUAAAUUAAAUGAAUCAAUCCCCAAUAAUGUGUCAGUAUGUGUGUACAUGUGUCAGAAACAGCCGUGCUGUCUGUAAAUUUAUACAAUAAUAAAAGUGUCUCUAAAUGCUUAA